GAAACCAGACCCAGCUGCUGCUCCAGUGCAAUGACUCCUGGUCUGACCCAGCAGGCUCUGCAGCCUCAGAGGGCCACACUGCCAACUGCUCAGACAGCAGACAGCUCCGCCUGGUGGACGGGGGCAGUCCCUGUGCAGGGAGAGUGGAGAUCCUGCAGCAGGGUUCCUGGGGCUCCAUCUGUGAUGACAGCUGGGACCUGAGUGAUGCCCACGUGGUGUGCAGACAGCUGGGCUGUGGAGUGGCCCUGGAGGCCACCAUCUCUGCUCACUUUGGAGAGGGAUCAGGGCCCAUCUGGCUGGAUGAAGUGAACUGCACAGGAGAGGAGACUCAUGUGUGGCAGUGCCCUUCCCAGGGCUGGGGGCAGCACAACUGCAGUCACAAGGAUGAUGCUGGGGUCAUCUGCUCAGAAUUCCUGGCCCUCAGGCUGGUGAGCAAGGACCAGGAGUGUGCUGGGUGGCUGGAGGUUUUCUACAACAACACCUGGGGCAGUGUCUGCCACAGCCCCAUGGAAGCUGUGACCUUGUCCGUGAUCUGCAGACAGCUUGGCUGUGGGGACAGUGGGACCCUGGAUUUCUUGGUUCCUUCCAGGGAAGGUUCUAGACCCCGCUGGGUGGAUGGAAUUCGCUGUCGGGAAACUGAUACCUCUCUCUGGCAGUGUCCUUCUGAGCCCUGGAAACACCAAUCUUGCCCUUCAAAUGAGGAAGCUCAUAUCACGUGUACAGAGAGCCCACAGCUCCGCCUGGUGGACGGGGGCAGUCGAUGUGCAGGCAAAGUGGAGAUCCUUCACCAGCAUUCCUGGGGUACUGUCUGUGGUGACAGCUGGGACCUGAAAGAUUCUCAAGUGAUAUGCAGACAAAUGGGCUGUGGAGAGGCCUUCAAUGCCUGGCUCUAUGCACAAGUUGAAGAGGGAUCAAGGCCCAUCUGGCUGACACAGCUGGCAUGCACAGGAGAGGAGGCCUACUUGUGGAAUUGCCCUUCCCUGGGCUGGGGAAAGAACAAAUGUGAGCCCUAUGAUGAUGCAGGCGUCAUCUGCUCAGGAUUUGUGCAUCUGGUUGGAGGACAUGGACCCUGCUCUGGGCGAGUGGAAGUGAAUUCUGGAGGAGAGUGGAUUCCAGUAUCUGAUGGAAAUUUCACAUUAUCCACAGCCCAGGUCAUCUGUGCAGAGCUGGGGUGUGGCAAGGCUGCAUCUGUCCUGGGAAACCUGCCCUUCAGAGAGGACAGUGAACAGGUCUGGGCUGAAGAGUUCCAAUGUGAAGGACAGGAGCCUGGCCUCUGGUUCUGUCCCAGAGUGCCUUGUCCUGGAGGAAGUUGUCCCCAGAAAGGGGCUGUGCAAGUUGUCUGCUCAGGAUAUACAGAUAUUCGGCUCGUGAAAAAUGGCAGCUCUCAGUGUGAGGGUCAAGUGGAGAUGAAGACCUCUGGAGGCUGGAGAACACUCUGUGCCUCCCACUGGAAUAUGGCCAAUGCCAAUGUUGUUUGCCGUCAUUUGGGCUGUGGAGUUGCCAUCUCCACCCCAAAGGGAGCAUACUUUGUGGAAGGAGGAGAUGAGAUCUGGAGAGACCGAUUUCACUGCUCAGGGUCUGAGUCCUUCCUGUGGAAUUGCCCUGUGACUGCCCUGGGUGUUCCUGCCUGUGCCCAUGGAAACACAGCCUCUGUGGUCUGCUCAG